AGUUCUUCGGGCCUAUACUCGAUGUUCAUGUCUCUGGCCUCUGAGAGUGUUCCGAUGGCGAAACGUAACUUGGUGGUGUUAUUGAUAUCCAGCAUCUUCCUGCUUGCACAGGGCGUAAUGGCAGUUUUGGCUAUACCUGUCGUCCCUCUGAGAUUCUCUCACCACCUCCCAGCAUUGGGCAUCUACUGGAACUCUUGGCGGACGCUCGUCAUCGUCUACUCUCUGCCGAGCAUUGUACAGAGCUUAUUGCUGGAUUCAACAGAGAAGAAUGAGGAGAAAUCAUCAGCGAAGGAUCAGAUCGUGCCGCUAUUUAAGAUGCCUCUCCUUAAAUAUACCAUAAUAAUGAUAUUACUCUUCGCUUUCCAACAAAUUGGGUCCUUCUUGGUGUGGCUUCCGACGAUACUGAAUCAGUUCAUCACUAAUAUUGAAACAGGAGAGGGUACCAACCUGACUGUAUGCGGGGUCUUACGGCUAGGCAUUGAAAAUCCUAUCGAACCAGACCCUGACGCAGUGCCGUGCGCCAUCAACGAAACCGCGCUGCUCAUGUUGCUGGCGGUAGGCGUGAUGAAAUCUGUCGUCAACAGCCUGCUUAGUCUGAUAGUCAACAAAGUCGGUCGCCGUAACCUGGUGAUGAUGAUCAGCGCUUUGUGCGGAAUCUGCGGUAUUCUAGUGAACCUCGUGCCCAACGCGUACGGCAGCAUCGUGCUGUUUGGAAUCUUCUCCGUGGGCAUCAUUGUCCUUGGGUUUUAUACAGCGAUCAUCGUUGCCUUGUUCCCGACACAUUUAAGAGCGUUGGCCAUAGCGUUACCCCUGACGUGCGGUCGUUUGGCGGUAUUUGCAGGCAUCCAGAUCCUCAACGUCUUACUGACGAUUAACUGCGACGUUGGCUUCUACGUUUUCGCAACUAUUUACGCCUCAUCUGCGAUAGUUGCAUCGUUCCUGCCAGACGACAGAAAAUUAGUACCUACAGUGGCGCCAUCUGAAGAUAAAGAAUUAACACAGAAAGAAGAAAUGCCACAAAGAUCUAUGACUGAACUUUGAAAAGAACAUAAUUUAAUACUCAUGUGUGUUUUGAUGUGAUGUUUUAAGCUGGGGUCACACUAAUCUCUACGUCACGCUUACGAGUACUCGUAUUUUAUUAAAUAAUUUUGUAAUAGAUUUAUUAUGGAAAAAUGUUGGAAGAUUAAUAUUUGGUCAAAUGUUGUGUCCAUGUUCCAUGUAUUGCUAUACCACCUACGGUAAACUGUAAACUCUUCAAGCUCAUUAAUCUUUAUAAUUAUAAACUGUGCAUUUUCAUUAUUUUUAUUUAAUCCUGCAUAAAUAAAAGGUUUUAAUGCUUCAAAAUUAAGAGAUUAUGUUCCCAAAACAAUAAUAUUUAUAAAAAUAUAUUUAAUAAAUUGUAAAUACUUACCUAUU